CUGAAUCAGAGUACAGUGGCAAAUUGGCAAGAGACACACCGAAACCUUCUUGCCCUUCCAUGAGAAGUCAAUUUAGAGAGUCGGAGGGAUAUGGCCUCACCAAAGACAGUUUGGUACUUUAGUGUCCUCUUGGUAUUUUGCUGUAGUCUGGAAAAACAAGAUUGCACGGGAACUCCAAAUGUAACAUCAGAGGAAUCACCCACUGAUGGAUCACAAGUUCCUUCUAGAGAAAAGCGAGAGGAAUUGUCCUUCGGGGACCAUAAAGAUCUUCGGAAUGUAAUUGUUUCUACAAUGGCAGCAACAUUCUAUGAGAAAGUUGGUGAAGUUCAGGUGGACGUCUAUGAUAUUCCUCUUGAAAUCUUACAAUACCUAAAGUCCCGUGUAAAAGAUUUAACCUACCCCAUCCUGAUCUCCAGUGUGUUAAAUGUAACAGACAUAAACAUUACUACUGAAUGCUCCUCAGACCCAAGUGGAUUCAGGUGCAGAUGUGAGGACCAGUAUAGUUGGUCAUGUGACCAGUGUUCCUCCAAUGGGUCCUGUGAUGAGAUCGUUGAUGGGAAAAUAUGUGGAUGUCUCAAUGACUAUCCUUCUGAUGGAAAGUUCUGUCAGCCAAUCACAAAUCUUACUGCUUGUCCAAGUCCAACUACUACAGCAGAGCCAUCAACCAUUUCUGGCAGAAUCAUUGAAAUUGAGUUGGACAUGACAGAUAUUUCGGCUACAUUGAUAGAUGUACUUAGGGCCAGUGUGAGUGGCCUGACCUACCCUGUCCUGAUCUCCAAUAAGUUAAAUGUAACGGACGUGAACUUCACUACUGCAUGCUACCCAAACAACACAUGCAGAUGUGAGGAUCAGUAUGGUUGGUCAUGUGACCAGUGUGUCUCUUAUGGGUCCUGUGACAACAUCACUGAUGACUCCUGUCGAUGUAUCAAAGCCAUUCCUCCUUAUGGACCGUUUUGUCAGCCAAUCACAAAUCUGAAGGCCUGUACAACACCAUCUCCAACACCAGCAAAAAAUUCCACAGAAAGAUCAACAACUACAAUGACACCCUCCAGUACUACAUCAAUACCAACAACAAAACAGUCAACAGCAAGUCCAGCAAAUCCAACGACGCCCUCCGAAAAAACACUGAACCUACAAUUUACUAUGGCUAUCCCAUAUGACUCUAACUACAAUGAUGAAAAUAAUGCAGUUUUCAAAGAUAUUGAUCAAACUAUCAAAGUCAUAUAUAAGAGAAACAUGCAAGGCUUCAUAUCAGCAAAGUUAAAUAGUUUAAAGAGUGGAAGUGUUAUUGCAGAUUUUACUGUUAUGACAACAAAUGUCAAUAAUGUGGAAAUUGCAAAAUCAAAAGAGGAUAUUGUCUCAACACUUGGAGAAAAAUACAAAAUAGGCUUUACCUGCGUGAAUGAUCCGAUCUUUGGCAAUGGACAACUUAAUGAGAAAGUUGUAGUUGACUGCAAAUCGGAUGAAGUGGGUCAAAAGACUGCCAUUUGUCAAAAAAAUGGCUCGUUUUCAGAUCGGGUGGACAACUGUGUCUUAAAAGAAAUUGAAAACCUGUUUUCUUUAUCUCUGGCUUUAGUGGGGACUGAUCUUCCAGGCUUUUUGGAAAGUCUCCGCAACAGCACUUUGAACCUCCAAGGUAGAAUAGUUGCAUCACCUGCAACUAUUUCUACUAUUGUUAGUAUUCUUAAAAAUGUUGCAAAUGUUUCCCAAAGUACCCCAAUUAACAAACCAUUGAUGAAGAAUAUCCUGGAAACGGCAGGAGUACUUACUUCCAAUGAAGCAAAAACCUCCUGGGUUGAUCUAAACAAAAACCUCACCAAAAACGAAAGCUCAGCCUUUCUGGGCACCAUUGAAACAAUUUCCAAUUUCCUUACCGAUGACUUUUUUGACAUAGAAACGCAAGGCAUUAAUUUAAACAAAACCACAGUCAACAACUUAGUCAACAACUUAUUCAAUUUAAACUCGUCUGUUCUGAUAGACAUACCAGCAUCUGAAGCUUCCUUCAAUUCAAUCACCAUAAUAACAUUUGACUCCUUGAAUAAUGUUUUACCUGCCAGAAACAGCAGCAGUCUGAACAACAUUGUCAACACCAUCAACGGAAAAGUGGUUCUGGUGAAGGUGAAUGGCACAAUCAAGAAUGUGAAUUUCAGUUUUGACGUACUGGACAAGACACUGGCCAAUCCUCAGUGUGUUUUCUGGAACUUCAACCUUUUUGGCGGCCUUGGAGGAUGGGAUGAUAAAGGAUGUGAACUGCAGUCUGAUAAGAAUGGCACUGUCACCUGUCACUGUAAUCAUCUCACCUCCUUCUCCAUUUUGAUGUCGCCUUUCAUUCCACGUGUGUUAAGAGUCGCUUUGGAUUUUAUCACUUACAUUGGAGUUGGCAUAUCAAUGGGUUGCUUGGUCGUGUGUCUCAUCAUUGAGAUGUUGGUAUGGAAGGCUGUGACUGGAAACAACACAUCUUACAUGCGUCAUGUCUCUAUAGUGAAUAUCGCCUUUUCCCUUCUGAUUGCUGACAUUUGGUUCAUUAUUGGUGCAGCAAUUUCCGACAAUGAAAAAAAAGAUCUACCUGCGUGUUCCACAGCAACAUUUUUCAUCCACUUUUUCUACCUGGCUCUGUUUUUCUGGAUGUUGGUCUCAGGCCUUUUGCUGCUCUACCGGACUGUCAUGGUUUUCUCUCACAUGUCUAAAGCAGCAAUGUUGGCCAUCAGUUUUUCUUUGGGCUAUGGAGCUCCCCUCAUCAUUGCUGUCAUAACUAUCGCAGUGACAGCCCCAGGGAAACAAUACAUUAGAGAGAAUGAUGGGGUUUGCUGGCUCAACUGGACAGAGUCAAGGGCCCUUCUGGCUUUUGUGAUCCCUGCCCUGACCAUAGUGGUCAUCAACCUUUUGAUCCUGAUUGUGGUUCUGUUCAAAAUGCUGAGGAGAGGUGUGGGGGAUGUUACCCAGCCAGAUGAGAGAAAUGCUUUGGUGGUCAUCGCCAGGUGUCUGGCCAUUCUGACUCCCUUCUUUGGUACUACCUGGGGACUAGGAGUAGGAACCAUGACUACACCAAACAAUCUAGGAAUCCAUAUUGUGUUUGCGAUCUUCAAUUCCUUACAGGGUUUGUUCAUCUUGGUAUUUGGAACACUUUUGGACAAAAAGAUCCGGGAAGCUCUGACAGGAAGGUCACACGUGUCCUCCAACCGCACAAGGACCACAAGUGCUGCAACAUCAUCGUCAAGUGGUUUGGGAUUUUUCCGGAUACGGAGGAGAAAUGUUUUCAACGUUUCAGCAGCUCCAACAUCCAGCACUACUGGUGCAUCAGAGACUUUCAUCAACACUUAACUCAAUGCAACAAAUGUGAUUAUUAUGAAAUAACCUGACAAUCAAAAGGCGUUGACACACAUCAUCAGUUGAUGCACUAGGUUACAGUAGCUAACACCUUGAGUGUGACCUUGAAGUGACAGACACUAAGAUCUGACCCCAACUCUCAGUGACGUCAUUAGUGGUUAUUUCUUACACAAAGCGAUUCAUUCUGAACUACAUGGUAUUUUAACUUUUUAAUCGGGAUUGUUGAGUAUUAUAUUGAAAAACAUGAUUAUUGUUUUUUUGGGUGUGGGGGUGUUUAAAUAAGAGUAUUACUGUGUAAAUGGAUUAAUCAGCUAACAUGAAGAAUGGAGAUUGUUUCUGAAAUAACACAUUACAUUCUCUCUUUGAAUAA